UAUAUAUUCACUUGAUGUUGAAGCAAAUCCACCAGAAAGGAUAUUUAAAUUAAUUGACCAAGUCAAUCCCAGUGUUUUCUGCAUUCAUGCUACAAACUGUUAUCUCAUUCUUUAACAUGUUUUGACAGAUAAACAAGCACUCUCCUUCAGUUCCCCUGAAAUGCCUACUCCUGAAAAUUUUGAUCAGUUGCUUGAACAGUUUAGAAGUGCUUCUUUUAGUGCUGAGCCUGACAGCUGGCAUAUGAACACAGAUGCUCAAAGUCCUUCUGAUGCGAAUGAAACUUUCAGAUAUGAGUAUGGUGUUCCUAUACAGACAGUGGAUGCAUUUCUAAGACUACCUAGUCCUGUUGUCUCCUCGUGGUGUUCUGAUGCGAAUCCUGCAGGGUUUUUAGUAAACCAGGCUACAAAAUGUACUAGAUCAGUAAGUGUGGAAAAAUGUGGCAACAUUCAAGCAGCUAGUAUGCUGUUCUAUAUCAACUCCAGCAUUUUAGCAGUGCCCAAAUCAAGUCAGAUGGUUAAUAUUACUGUCCGGUCCAUAGUUGUCCAGUCUCUGAAUGGAAUGCGGACCUUACUUAAUGGUAGCGAUGUCCUCAGGCUCCCUAUGAUUUUGGAUGAACUGUGCAUAAAUAUAGUUCUUGGGGUGAGUUAUCACAUUACAUACACAGACGCAGGAGAAAUAAUAGAAGCAGCUGCUUCUUUUGUCUUGGGGGCAAUUAACAAAGAAGCACUUUCAAUACAGCAGAGCUUUGAAAUCAGCUUUACUCAGGUAAAUACAAAGCCAGUUCCCCUCAGUGGUAAUCCAGGUUACGUUGUUGGACUGCCUCUCCGAGCAGGCUUCCGGCCACAAGGAUCUGGCAUCAUUCAGAAUACUAACAAAUACAGUCAACUUACCAUUCUGCAAAGUACAUCCAACCAGGACUGUCUGGCAGCACAGGGAGCCAGAACCCCAGUAUUAUUUGGUUAUAACAUGAUAUCGGGCUGUAAGUUACGAAUUACAGCAGCUAUGAAAUGCCAACCCUUGACUCAGACCCUCCUAGAUUUACUGAAGGGACAAAGCUUUCCUGAAUACGUGGCCUCAUUUGGAAAUUCUCAAGCCCAGGAUGUGCUCGACUGGGUGCCAAUAACUCACCUCCACACCUCAGAACAGAGCUCAUGCCAAAUACCGGUAUCCCUUGAAAUAGAAGUGAAGUGGACUAAAUAUGGAUCCCUGGUCAAUCCACAAGCCAGAAUAGUGAACGUUACAGCAACAAUCACUACCACCACAGCGAAGCAGCUUCCCUCAGGAAGGGAAAGGACGAUUCCUAUAACAAGUUCUGUUGUUUUCACUGAUAUUUCUGCACCUGCAGAGCCAGGCUAUAAAGCUUGGCCCACCAUUAAUGUCAAGUUACCCUUUGAUUUUUUCUUUCCUUUUGUCUAAGGUAAGUAUGCACGUAAAAAAUUUUUAGCCCAUUUCCUACAGCGAGGUUUAUCCAGUCACUGCAGUGGGCCAUCAGUUUCUUCUAAAUUGUAGACACACUGGGUUAAAAUUUGCCAAGAGAGAAAGGGUGAGCCCUUACAAGGGUUCUCAGAAGCUUUAGGGCAGGAAAAAACCCACAUCAGUGGCAAGUUCCCAGUUAUACCUCUGCAGAGAGGAAAAAGGGUUGCAGGAUGAACUUGAUGACGCUCUAGCUGGCCGGUCAGCACACAUCCAGCCACCAGCCUUCCAGCCCAGUGGCCGCUCUGAAGUAGCACUAGUCCAAGCUGCCUGCCUAGAGUGUGGAGGCAGGAGGGGCCAGGGAGAGCACAGGGACACGCUACGGCUCCGUAGGAAACUGGGUUUCAUUAUUCCGGGAACUGAGCAGAGCUAACUUGUUAAUUAAAGUAAUCAUGUGCUAGUAGAUAAGGCUUCUGCUUUAUCUCACCUCAUAGAUGAAUAAGCCACGUAUUUCUAGCUAUUUUUCCCAAACCACUAAUUAAUUACCUUUCUUGAAAAAUCCAAACAGUUAAGUGAUGCUUUCAGAAAAGCUCAGUGACCCUUCCAGCUGACUCUGGCUGAAAUCAGUUGGAGACACCUGCUACAGUCAACACCUUUCUAAAUUCCCACUUACCCGAAUCUUGGUCUUCAACUAUAAAAUAAGUCUCUCCACGGGGACCUUCUAGUACCUGAAAAAGUUCAUGUUGUGUUCAAACACCAGUCUGGUCCUUUAGGUUUCCUAACGGCUUUCCUGGAGUCUAACUGUCCCCAGCAGUCCACUCACCUACAUCUCUUCUUACAUAUUCUAAUUCUUUUAAUAUGUUGAUUUAUGAGCUCUGGAAACAAAAGAACUUUGUAGCCCAGCGGGCUGCAAACGAACGCUUAAAAUGGAAGAAGAGACGAGAGAAUGCAGCAUCAAACCUCAAAUCUGCUGUUGAGAACGAGGCAUUGUUUGACGUCAGGUGGCACACGUUUGCCUCUAUUUUGGUGCUGAUUUGAUUGUCAACUAAAAGGAGUGGUGUGUUGGUAUUUUUGAAAUGAAUAUUAUAUAAAUAACAAAGCGGCACAAGCAGCAACAGAAAUGAGGAAAGUACCAACAAUAUGAAAAGAAUGGUUGGCAAAGAAGAGAUGCACUUAACGAUGAAGGGUCAGCUUGGAGAGAAGAAACGACCUUUUCAGCCUGGGUUCUUACCGUUUGCUCUGCAAGUUUCUACAAGACAUUACAAACAAAGCAUGUCAUUGCAGAAAAAUUCAGCAAAAGUCAGCGGUACUUUCAUAAA